UUUGGCAGCGACAACAUGCUCGCCGACCUCGUCAAGUGUAGAGAAUAGAACAUUGGACAUGACGACCCAAGGAGCGCAUUGGCAAGAGCGAGUGCGUCGGACAAUCGAUGGUAGUGCAAUCUGAGACUCUUGUGAAAGCGAUGUACUACCACAUGCUCCGUGCAACCACGAUGGACAUCCUUCCGAGUGCUAUCCGUCCAAGUCCAUCGUGACCAAGCUGUCCAUGUUGUGACCCUGCGCGCGAAAAAGAUCGCGUCGUUGGCGCGUCAAAGUGCUGAACGCAUGAGAGAUGGGCGGCGCACCUGACCAGCGCCAUGUCGCCACGGGCGGCGGCACCGUUGGUCGCCGCUCAACGGUUCUCACAUCGAAGGACGACGACAUACAUUCCACGAUUCCUUCAACAUGCGACGCCGACGACAAACCUUUGCCAGACUCUGCGUGGCUGCAUCCCGUGCUGGAGCUGUCUGUCGUGCGAAAGAACGUUGAGGCAUUCAAGGAAGAAACAGUGGCGAUGCUUCUUGCGCGGGUCUGCGGGCAAGGGAUCAUUCCAUCUACGUGGAAUGUCGGACCCGGCAAGAGGCGCAAGGGCAUCCAAGUGUUCUGGGGAGAUGUGCAGAAUAGCGAAUGGCCUGCCAUGAAGACUGUAGGAAAGGUCCAGGCGUCGGUUGACACGUGUGCACGCAUCCUGGCAGAUAUCAAGAUGGGACCACGCCUCGACAAGUUCACGAGGACCGGGAGCGUGGUCCACACAUUUGACGACACCACCGAUUUACGAUACUUUGAGACGCAUGGGUUCAUGAUCAUCGAUCCGCGCGACUUUUGUGUCGUCACGACUACCAAGCGCCUUCCCGAUGGACGGAUCGCCAUCGCGUCUCGCUCCAUCACGUCUGCCGACGAAUUCGGGAGGAAGACAGGGUAUUCCCGCGCCCACGCGCUCUUGACAGGAUAUCUCUUGAUUCCCCACGCGAGUGACCCAGCGAAAUGCGACGCGAUCGUGUACGCCCACGUCGACUUUGGCGGAACGUUUCCAUCCGGCCUCAUCAAGCUGUUUGGGUUGUCGGCGCCAAUCAAGAUUUUCGAGCAGCUGCAAAAGAUGGCUGCCGAAGACCCGACGGUCGCCCCAGCAACGUCCACUUAAGCGGUGUAAGGAAUGAGAUUGCCAUCAAGAAGGGCAGACGGGCACGGCGGACAACCCCAUGGAUUUCAUGAGGGAGAGCAGCGCCAUGUUCAAGUCUUUUCCACAAGUUCGGCACGUCAAGUUGGUAAGACGUCGAAUGUGCCAAGAUGUAAGCUAACCCGUUCCUCUUUUCCCA